CCCCUCUCGGCCCUGCCCUCGCCUCCCUACCCUACCAAACCCAGUCCACCACCCCCCUCCUCUCCCCUCCAACCCCUCUCCUUUCCAAAUUCCGACCCGAUUCCAUCCAAAAUUACUUCCAACUCAAGGAGGAUUUGAAUUCCACUGCAGCAGCGCCACCGCAAUUAUUAUCUUCUCCGUCGGGAAGGAAGGAAGAAGGGGAACCCCGUUUCGAACUCGAGGGUCGGCCUGCCUAUUUGGGUGCCUUUUGUCUCUCACUGUUGGGUGCGCUGCGCCUCCCUCCUCAAUUCUCGUGCGGCGAGGGAUCUGCCCGUCUAUGGUCGCCGGCGGGAGGGCGGUCCUGCGGCGGGCGAAGAUGGGCGGCGACGACGACGACGAGUACGUUGUGGACGAGGAGGACGAGGUAGAGGAUGAUGUUGAGUACGCGGCCGCUGCGUGCUCCGACGAGGACGCCGGGGAGGAGGAGGCCGACCCGGAGCCGGACCCCGAGGACGAAUCUGACGCCGACUUCGACGGGGACGCGGAGGAGGAGGACGACGACGAGGAUUUCGAGAUCGACAAGCCGCGGCACCGGCCCAGGCGCCCUCCCAGGCCUCCCCCCAGGCCUCGCGGGCGGGGCAGGAAGAAGGCCAAGUCGGACGACGACGACGACGCGGAUUCCGAGGAGGAGGACGACGAAGACUUCGAGAUCGACGCGCCGCGGCCCAGGCGCCCGGCCAGGGCUCGCGGCCGGGGCCGGAAGCGGAGGCGGAAGCAGGAGUCGGAGGAGGAGGAAUCCGAUGCGGAUUUCGAGGAGGAGUUGGAGGAGAUCGAGACGCCGCGGCCCAGGGCUCGCCGCCGGGCCAGGAAGGCCAAGCCGCGCGACGACGACGACGAUUCUGAUGCGGAUUUCGACGAGGAGGAGGAGGACGAGGAUUUCGAGAUCGAGACGCCGCGGCCGAGGCGCGCGCCCACGGCUCGCUCCCGGGGCAGGACGACGGUGCAGGAAGAGGAGUCUGACGCGGAGUUCGAUGGGGAGGACGAGGGCUUCGAGAUCGAGACGCCGAGGCCGAGGCGUGCACCCACGGCUCGCUCCCGGGGUAGGUCGAGGAAGCAGGAACAAGAGUCUGACGAGGAGUUCGACGGAGAGGAGGAUGGAUUGGGCAACGAGGAGGUGGAGGUCGAGGCGCCAUGGCCGAAACGCCCAGCCACGGUUCGGUUCCGGCGCAGAAGGGAGGAGCAAGAGAUCGAGCCUGAUGCAGAUUUCAGUGGGGAGGAGGAAGAAGUGGAGAAUGAGGAGUUGGAGGUCGAGACCCCACAACCAGCCAUGGACCCUUCCUGGGGUAGGAGUGGGGAGCAAGAGGAUGAGUCUGAUGCCGAUUUCGACGGGCAGGAGGAGGAACUGGAGAAUGACAAGUUGGAGAUCCAGAUGCCACUGUCAGCCAACUUUCGCUCCGGUGGCAGGAAUGUGAAGGAGGAGGAUGAGCUUGAUGCAGAUUUCAAUGUAGCUGAGGAGGAAGUUGAGGAUCAGGAAGAGGAUGAAGAGCUGGAGAUCGAGACGCCAGAGUCAGUCAAGUAUCGCUCCGAUGGCAGGAAUCUGAAGCAGGAGGACGAGUUUGUUGAUGCAGAUUUCAAUGGGGUGGAGGAGGAAGUUGAGGAUCAGGAAGAGGAUGAGGAGUUGGAGACCGAGAUGCUACAGCCGAGGAACCUGCCCGAGGCCCGUGGCAAGGGCAGGAAGGUGAAGCCAACGGGCUCUAGCCGGCAGAGGCACGAGGAUGAUGAUGAUUACGAGGAAGAGAUCGAGGAUGAGGAUGAAGACUUUGAUCCGGAGGUGGACGAAGAUGAGGAGGAUGAGGAGGAAGAUGUUGAAGAAGAAGAUGAUGAUUUGGGGGAUUAUGCCCCAACUCGUGCCACAAAGGUUAGACCUAGGAACCACUUGGCCAAGCGGAAGCCAGCAGCUGGGCGCCAACACCGUAAGAGGAAGAGUGGUUCCAGGGUUUCCAAGGGAAAGACAAGGAAUGGCACGUCAGCACGUCGGCGUAGGAGCAAGCGGCGGGUGGCUGACGACUAUGAAGACGAUGAGGAGGAAGAGGAUGAUGAUGAUUUUGUUGUCAAGGACGACGUGGAGGAAGAGGUCAAUUACCGGCCAAGGAAGAAGGCCAAGGUUGGGAGGAAGACAAGGGAAGGCACUGCAGAGCCAGUUGCUGUGGGAGAAGCAUGGCCAUCAGUCGAAUCUGACACAUCAGAAUUUGAGUUUGUGACAUCUGACGAGGAUCAUGCUGAGAAGGAAACACCAGUAGCUGAGCCUGCGAGGAUCAAGAGAAAGAAGGGUAGGAGGAAGAGGGGUUCUGAAUCAGACUCGUCUUCAGACUCUGAUUAUGUCAUAUCAGAGGAGGAACUUAAGGAUUUGGGGGUGCCUAGGCCCCAAGAGACCAUGCCACAGCUGCCUUCGCCCCCAGCACGAAGGACCAUUGCUCCUAGGAGGGUAGACGAGAAGGGAAAAGAGCCAGAGGAGGCUUUGAAACAGAUAUGUGGUAUCUGCCUCUCAGAGGAGCAGAGAGCUACAAUACAGGGUGUGCUUAAUUGCUGCUCACACUACUUCUGCUUCGCGUGCAUCCUGGAGUGGUCAAAGGUGGAGUCGAGGUGUCCACUGUGUAAACGGCGUUUCAACACAAUUACCAAGUCAUCAGUGGCAGAUCUAGGAUUGGGGUUGAGGAAUGCUCCCGUUAGGGUAGAAAAGCGCGAUCAGGUAUACCAGCCCACUGAAGAUGAAAUGAGGCGUUGGUUAGACCCAUACGAAAAUGUUGUAUGUAUAGAGUGCAAUCAAGGUGGUGAUGACAAUCUCAUGUUGCUAUGUGAUAUAUGUGAUUCCUCUGCACAUACUUUCUGUGUUGGUCUGGGAAGAGAAGUACCCGAAGGGAACUGGUACUGUGGUGGGUGUAGAUCCAGUGUGGAAGGGCCUUCUCAUGCACAAACACAGGAUAGGGUGGUUCACCGUGGAGAUAGUAACAUGAACACCGCCGAUAGCAGUUCUGGUUCGUUGGGCAGAUCUACACCAAGUGGAGUGUUCCAGAGACCACCACCAAUAAACGUUCAGCCUUCUUUGCAAGGAUUUGAUCUGAAUCUCUCUCCAAUAGAAACCCCUGAGGAAGAUAAGCGAGCCGAGUCACAUCUCUCAGCUGAACCUGUAUCAACUCCUACUGGGAGGCAUGCAACUCUUGAUAGGAGGCGUGCCUUGAACCGACGCAUUCGUAUUCUUCUAUUUAGACCUAGGACUGCAACUAAUGCUUGGCAGAAUAGCAUUCAGCAUGACAGAAGCGCACCAGGAACAGAACAAAAUCAACGGAUCACCUGCACCUCUACAGAUGUGAGCCCAUCAUGUUCCAGGGCUGAUUUUAUGCAGAGCCAGCAGAGUAGCUCACAUUUUGUACAGUCUGCAAGUAAUCUUAAUCAAUGCACUGAUGAGGGUGGAAGCAAUUUCCGAGAAGUAGCAAAUGCCAAGGACCAGCUGAUUCCUAUUGUCAAGAAGAGCAUCAAGCACAUUUGUGCCCGGUCUCCAUUGGAUCAAUCUUCUUUCACGAAUGUAGCACGGCGAGCGACACACACUAUCUUAGCGUUGUCUGGGAUUGCACACAACAAGGAUAGGGUUGUUUCUACACCUUUUCCUUUUCCUAGCCAUUGUUGCCACGCCUGUGAUGGCCGAGAGCCAGCGUUUCUCAUGAGAACCAUCUGCUCGUCAUGCUUCAACUCAUUCGUUGGUGAUGUCGUCAGUCACAUCGCUAAUAUGUUUUCUUGAAGUAGGUGGUCUUUUUAAGCUGGCAUUUCUCUCUCUGCUGUCGUCAUUCUUUGAAUUUAUAGACACUUGGAAAGAUUAUACGGAUACGAAGGUGUUAAUGAAUGUUGGAUAGCUUGAAAUAUAGAUCAUUUCUGAA